UGGAGAUGGGGCCACUGUUCGCAGGAAGGGAAGGGGUGGUGAGGGCGGCGGUUGGGGUGGUGUGGGCGUUCCUGGUGGUGGUAAGAGUGUUGGUGGGAGUGAUGGUGAGGGUUGUGGCGGAGGGUGGUGGUGUGGGCGGUGGGCGGUGGUGGUUAGUGACUGGGUGGUGGAGGUGGGGGUGGUGGCGGCCAGCGGUGGGGAAAGCGAGGGUGAGAUGGGGGACCAGUGGAAGCUGAGGGAUGAGGGAAGAGGAGGGGAGUCAGUGGUGGUUGGGACGUUGGAGGUGACGGUGUGGAGGCAGAGAGAGGCCCUUGCUGCUGCCUCGUGUUGGUUGUGUUGCUGCUGCUGCUGCCGGCUCAACUUACACUACACUCUUACCCCCGGCCAUGUCCCCCUUCCCUACUACAGUUCUCCGCCUAUUUAUGAGUCGUUUCUCUGACUAGCCCAGCGAGUUGACUCUACAGAUUAUCUUUUACUACGUGAGAAAAAGAAAUUGAGUGAAGGCUGACAGGACGAUUUUAAGAAAUUGAAAUUAAAAGGCCAUCACAUCCACCACUGAUAAACUGUCACACAAACACACGCACACAAACACAUACACACACAAACACCAACACACACACACACACACACACACACACACACACACACACACACACACACACACACACACACACACACACACACACACACACACACACACACACACAUAUGCUGUUUUCUUCAUGAAAAAAUUCAAACUGGAUAUAUUCCUCGAGAACAUUACUUAAAAAUUGCUCAAUCGGAGACAACAGAUGAGCUGAAGCAGUGACGCAAUCGUGAACGUGUGAAGACUGGAGGAAAGGAGGAGCCUCGUCUUGGGUUCCAUGAUGAGGAGACUUCACUACACCUCUGGCAGGAAGCUCCUCACUCCAGCCUCGGUGUAGAGAGAAUGUGAAGCCUGGGUAGGCGCGUGCUGGGGGAGCGUGAAGACAAGGUCCUCUGCCUCAGGAUGGCGUGCCACCACCUGCAGCCGCCGCCCCCCGCCGCUUCUGCCGCCGCAGCCGCCCUCCUCCUCCUGCUUUUGGCACUGACAGACACGGGCUGGAGUCUGCGGGUGUCUGGAGUGACGGUACCGUCAGUGGUGGUGUCAGGAUCGGCGGUGCAACUAGUGUGUCACUACGAGCACACCACCGACCGACCAGACCCGCUCUACUCCGUCAAGUGGUACAAAGAUGUCAAUCAGUUCUACGAGUAUAUACCCAAGAGGGACCAGCCCGUCCGGGUCUACCCGCUGCCCCACAUACACGUAGACGAGCAAGGGAGCUCUGGGGCAUCAGUGCGGCUGACAGGGGUGACGCGGGGAACCUCGGGCACCUUCCGCUGCGAGGUAAUGGGCGACAAGCCUUACUUCGAGACUGACGAUCACGCCGUCAACAUGUCUGUAGUCGAGAUUCCACUAUGGGGUCCGGAGGUUAACGGAGGCAUCCAGGGGGUGACUGAAAGCGCGAGCGUGGUGGAGGGUGCGGGCGCGGGGGAGAGGGCGCGGGUACGACCAGGAGACCUAGUAACCGCCCGCUGCCUGGUUGGUCAUUCAGACCCACCCGCAGAUAUCACCUGGACUCUUAACUCAGCCAGUCCCCCGUCCCAUGCCCGUCUUCAGCGCUUCCUUCAGACUGAUCACCGCGGCCGCACCAUCCAGGUCUCGGAGGUGGAGGUGGAGGUGCGAGAGGCAUGGCUGCGGCGUGGGGCGCUGACACUUAGCUGCCGCGUGCGGGUUUCUUCUGUCUACUACAAAACAGCAAAUAUCACCUUCAUCCACGCCGACCACCCGCAGCCUGCGGGUUUCGGCUGGUUCUCCUCAGGUUCCUCGCCGCGAGCCUCACUGCUGUUGUUGCUGCCGCCGCUCACUCUCCUGUCCUGCUGCUGUGACGUCCUCAUGCUGCUGCUGUGACGCCUUUUUUUAUGCUUGCUGUUACUCCUGCUAUGAUUCUGUUACUGUAGUCGUGAUACUCUUAUCACUGCUGUAACGCUAUCACAUCUGUUGUGACAACGCGGAAUGAAAAUUUAAACCAUGGCGACCCCAAAAUGACGUCAUGCGUGGCCUGGCAGUGUUAGUCAUCUGGUCUAGUAACAUUGACAUGUUAUAACUCUGCAAAAUUUUCGUUAUAUUUCCUUUUUUUUCUCUCUGACAUCUGAGUAAUAUUCGCGCCAUAGUUUCUUUCAUUUCUCCUUUGUCAACAAAGCAGGAACUCCGCUUUCAUCAUAAUCUUGCCUGAUCCUUCACUUCUUUCAUUUUUCGUAAAAAUAUUUUAGAAUUAUACUGUGUAAUAAGUCUUUAAUUUUAAACUGGGUAACAACAAAAUUAGCUCCGGUAGGCCAGCGGAUACUUAACAAUUUCGUUUUUGAGUUACGAUUCGUGGGUUCAAGAGACACAUGUCCCAUUUCCAGACGAAUAAACCACCACCGUCCUCUUGUUUAUCUCCUCUUGCCACACCACUUUACGAAGCGUAUACGCAUCUACCUGAGCAGCAGCGUAUCCCUCUUGCUGCCUCUCUUUCCCUUGCUGAAGGAAUCUCUUCCUAUAUUUUUUUAAAGUACCAGGUAUGGAACAAGAGCAGCGUAGUGUAUAACUGUUUGCACCAUGAUUACGGAAGUUGCAAGGAAGAGAGAGGAACUUGCUAUUAUGAUGCCUGUAGAGUGAUAUGUUUUCAUUUUAUA